AUGGGACUAGGCGAUAACUACAUUAAACUCGACGGGACGAUCUCUCUCCCAAUCUGCCUAGGAACCAGUGACGCCAGGAAAUCGGUUAUGGCAGACUUCGUAGUCCUUAGAGACUCCACUAUCUACAACAUCAUCAUAGGAAGAAAAACUAUCAAUGAAUUCUCAGCUGUAAUAUGCACCAGGUUCCUAACAAUGAAGUUCAUAACGGACAAGGGAACAGUUGGUUCCAUAAGGGGAGAUCUAGAAACGGCAGUCGCUUGCGAUAGCACCAAUCUCUCUUUAAAGAAGGAUCUAAGAGGGCAGCCAGCGUGGCCCCUUAUAGAGAUCGUGAGGGCAAACGGCGACCUCUUCGCAUGGACCCCAUCAGACAUGCCGGGAUUGGAUCCCGAGGUCAUGUCCCACCGGCUAGCCAUAAAACCUGAUGCCAAACCGAUAGCCCAGCGGCGAAGGAAGAUGUUGCAAGAAAGGGUUGAAGAAGUCGCCAAACAAAUAGCAGGAUUACUAGAAGCAGGGUUCAUCAAGGAACUCGAGUACUCGACAUGGCUGUCCAAUGUCGUCCUAGUCAAAAAAGCCAGCAGAAAAUGGAGAAUGUGCGUCGAUUACUCUGACCUAAACAAAGCGUGCCCAAAAGACUCCUUUCCCCUCCCCAACAUUGACACAUUGGUUGACUCAGCGGCAGGAUAUCGUUUCCUCACCUUCAUGGAUGCCUAUUCUGGCUAUAACCAGAUCCCGAUGCACUGA